AUGACAUCUACGGCGAUAUUCUCCGCCGCACCGGCACCUCUCUCCACCAUCAACCACCGUGUAAUCUCUCCAAUGGUAUGUGCUUGUGUUUCCGAUUACUCUCUAACAUUCAGAAACGCAAACAACAAAAGAUCGAAUCUGCUUCCACGGAUCAAAUCAGCGGCAUCAGAUUCCAGUUCCACGGCAAUCAUCGACGAUCCGACAUCGGCUUCCGCUUCAGAAGAAGAAAGUCCAGCGAAGAUCGGCGCUAGGGUUAGAGUAAAGGUGCCGUUGAAGGUUUAUCAUAUACCUAAAGUACAAGAAGUAGAAUUGAACGGGAAGGAAGGUAAAAUCAAAGAAUACGUCGCCCUUUGGAAGGGGAAGCAGAUUUCGGCUAAUUUUCCUUACAAAAUCGAGUUCCUGGAGAAACUUGAAGGGCGUGGCGAUGCUCCUGUGAAGUUCUUCGCGCAUCUUAGAGAUGAUGAGUUUGAGUAUAUCGACUAA